CAGAAAAGAAUUCAACCAGUCUCUGUCACAGAGAAACAAAGUCAAUAUAUACAGGGUACUUACAACCAAACUGAAGAGCGGAAUUAACAUGGACCCCAAAAAGCUACCAAGUGCCCCUCCUGCUGACUGGAAUCCAGGAGAGAAACCAUACAUGGAUCAGCCUCCACCAUACCAGGACUGCAGGGCUGGUUACGAUCCACCUCCAGGCUACCCCAACCAGCCUGUCUUCCCUCAAGACCUGCCUUAUGGAGCUCCUUACGGUCAGCAAUAUGAGGGUCACGUCCAGCCUUUAUUUGUAGGCCAGCAAAUUGUCACUGUGCAGCCUACAGUCUUUGUCACCGCUGGUGCCAAACGUGAGCAGGAUUACUUGUGUUACUCCAUCUUCACCAUGCUGUGCUGCUGCUUACCACUGGGCAUCGCUGCUCUGGUCUUCUCUAUAAAGACUCGAGAUGCCAACCUGAGAGGCGACAACCAACGGGCCAAGAAAAACUCGCAGACAGCUUGCAUGCUGAACAGCGCUGCAGUGGCGAUUGGGAUUGUUGUGUUCGUUGUGAAUUGUCUAAGACUGAUAUACUGAAUGCAGCAUAUAUGAAAUUAAUUUCUUUUUUCCUUUUUUUUGAAUAUGUCAGCUCUGAAAUGAAUCAGAUGUUAUUUAAGUGAAUUAAUAACAUUUGAUGAAUAUUUGCAAUAUAAUUAAGUUUUUAUACUGUGCAUAUGUGAUGGCUGGCAACAUAUUUCUUGUGAAAUGUAAAAAAAUAUAUGUUAAAUAA